AUGAAUGUGAUAUGUUGGCUAUUCAUGCCGCGAGUCAACGUUGGCUCAGGCAGCAACGGCACGCAGCCUGACAACUGGGACGAUAGCCUGCUCGACGACACACUUCAGGAAGACUCUGCUGUCGAUGCCGCGGAGAUUGUGGCCUGCUGGUUCGAAAAUUUGCAGCAUGCGAUUCUGCCGAUAUCUAACAUCAGCAAGGCAGAGGUACUAGCCAUGGUGAUGACGUUUCUGACGUCCGAGAACCUGACGUGGAGCGGCUUAGAUAAGCUGCUCCUAAUGAUCAACCUUAUAUGCGGAAUGGAGGUGCUUCCCCGAACGAAUUACCUGUUCCGGAAGCUGUUGGCCUCUAAACUGAAUCGUUCAACAGACUACUACUACUGUGAGUUUUUCGAAGGUUUCCUUCCGACGCCGGAGGAUGGGGCUUCCACGAUUAUCUGCACAACGUGUCAUAAGCGUACCACAAUCUCGGAGCUUCACAGCAAAGGGAACUUCUUCACAAUCCUCGACGUGUGGGACCAAGUGCGUGAAGUCGUCAGCAAGACGUCAGAUGAGCUGUACAGCAAGUUGGAGAGGCUGAAAAGCAAUCCAGAAGACACGAUGUCGGAAAUAACCGAUGGGAGUGUUUACAGAAAAAUGAAAGCCAGUGGACCAUUGCAGUGGGGAGACUUGACAAUGACGUUCAAUACAGAGGGAAGCCAGAUUUUCAUGUCUUCAAAGGCCUCUGUCUGGCCACUGCAGUUUGUCAUCAACAAAGUGCCUGCUCCAGACCGUUUCUCAGCCAGUGGUGGCGCUGGCAUCUGGUUCGGAGCGAAGCACCCAGACAUGUCUCUUUUUCUGGUCAAGUUUGCGGAGCAUCUGUGA